CGACGUGGCAUUAAUCUGUUUGUUUCGUGGUGGAUCCAGAAGGUGGGAGGGAGGCUCACGCGUCUUCUUGUAGGAUUCUGAUUCGGUGCAAAGCAAUGGCAACAAGCUCUUUGGACUUGGGAGAAUUGAAUUGACCCCAAAAAUAAAAAUAAAACUUGAGAAGAAAAAGAAAAUCCAGAGAAAGGAGAAGGAGAGAGUGAUGGCUCUUAACCCACAAUUUUUUCAAAACGGGAUGCCCGUUCCUUUCGAGAACGAGUUGUUUGUGUUGGCCAGAGACGGCGUCGAUUUCGAGGUCGACAAAAUCCCUGGAUGUGGGAAACUUAAGUCUAAGGGAACCAUCUACUUGUCAAAUAUUCGCAUGGUCUUUGUUGCAGCCAAGCCCGUUGCAAAUUUUUAUGCUUUUGAUAUGCCUCUGCUUUUUGUCAAUGGAGAAAAAUUCAACCAGCCCAUAUUUCUCUGCAACAAUAUUUCUGGUUUUGUGGAACCUGUAGUUCCAGAGAAUGAGAAUAGGGCACUCUACUCCGCACACUCAUUCAAGAUUUUGUUCAAGGAAGGGGGCUGUGGAACCUUUGUUCCACUUUUUCUCAAUUUGAUCUCUUCAGUGAGGCAAUACAAUCAACAAAUGAACUCUGCACCAGUAACUCGUAUAGAUCCCCUGCAAGCAGCGAACACUCCAGUUGAUGAAAUGAUGAGACAUGCAUAUGUUGAUCCUAAUGACCCAACAAGAAUCUUCUUGCAACAGCCUACUCCACAGUCCGAGUUGAGGCGUCGCACAUAUCAGCCAUCCUCAUAUGAACGCACAAUGUGAUUUGUUUUCUAAUAUCCAAGCAAAAGACUCUGUAUCCAAGCUAAAUACAACUACUAUACUGUGUCAUUGUGCAUAAUCUACCAUUUUAUAAAUGCUAAAUUACUGUAAAUCCUUGUAUUUGUCUAUGGUCAUUAUAUUUGGAAUUCUCA